AUGAAAAAGAAGAUAACCAAAAAGCCUGUAAUACCUGCUAAAAAACCAUCAAAAUUGGUGCGGGAAGUAGAAGAGGAUCUUCCACAAACCGAAGAAGAAAAAGAACAAAUUCCUAUGAACCCUACUCAAAACGUUCUUAUUCAUCCAACGGUAUCAAAAGUUCAAAGACCUAGAAAGGUAGCCCCAAAAAGCAAGAUGCCUAAACAAAUGAUGCAAAAUGUUGUUUUAUCGGAAGAAGAAGCUGAGAAAAUGCCAGGAAAAGUUUUUGAUGAUGACGAACCAUUACCUGUAAAGCCAGCAGAAGAAGCAAAAAAAUCUUCAGAAGAAACAAAAUCUCCUUCUGAGUCCACUGCAACCCCUAAAGAAACUAAUCGCUUAAAUAUUUCAAUGAAAUUUGCAAUGAAUUAUUUGCAGCUGAAAAGCACAGAUGUGCAAGAAGUUCCAUGCUGCUUAAGCCUUGAAGGUCUUGAAGCAGAAGAAGAGGAAUCAAAACAGCAAGCAAGGUCAGGAAUUGAUGUAAUUUGCGUGCUUGAUGUAAGUGGAAGCAUGUCUGGCGACAAGCUUGAGCUGGCUACAAAAACCUUGGAGUUUAUGGUAACUCAGCUCGGCCCAUAUGAUCGUGCUAGCAUCGUUACUUUUAGCGAUGACGCUUAUAAACUUUCACCCUUAACUUGUAUGAAUGACGUUGGGAAAGAAAAAUUAAAUAAAAAAAUUAAAGCAAUUCGUGUCAUUGGAGGAACUGAAAUUAUUAAAGGGCUGAGAUGCGGGCUUCAAAUUCUAGCUGGAAGAAAACAGUUUAAUUCAGUAACUUCGAUUGUUUUAUUGACUGAUGGGAUUGAUAACAACCAAGAAACUGCAAUGGGUAGAUUGAGGGCUGUUAUAAGGGAAUAUGAUCCAAAAGUUGUUACUCAGUACUCAAUUCAUACAUUUGGAUAUGGGUCUGAUCAUGAUGCACACCUCAUGAAUGCUAUGGCUGAAGUAAAAAACGGAGGAUUUUACUUUGUUGAAAAAGAGGACUCGAUACCUGAAGCGUUUUCUAAUUGUUUAGGAGAGCUCAUGUCCGUUGUGGCUGACCAAAUUCAAGUACAACUCCAAACACAGGCUUGCGAUAUCCCAUUUGCAUUAAGAAAAGUUUAUAGUGAAACUGGAGACAGCAGCUUUAGGAUGCCACCAGUGCUUUCUGGAAGCAAAAAAGAAGCGAUUUUUGUGCUUAAACCCCAUCUUUGUGAGUAAGAGAAAAUUGAAAAAUUCUACAUUUUUGGAAAUCAAUUUCUCUUCUAAUUGUAAAGAAUUUAAAUAUAAAAUAUUUUGUAUAAAAUUUUCGAUAUAAAGUUAUAUAAAUAAAUAGCUAAUUCAAUUAUUUUUAAGUAUCUUUCAUUUCAAAAUAUAAAAUAUUAUUAUUAUUAUAAAUAUAAAAAAAUUGAUAUGAAAUUUAACCACUCAUUCAAAGAGGUGGAGAACUAGCUUUCCACCAUGCAAUAUUCGUGUUCCAGAAAAUCACCAAAUCCAGCCUAUAAAAGCAAGCAUUACUUAUAGAGUUCCUCAAACUGGUGAAGAAGUAAAAGAGCAAGCAUUUUUGAUAAUAAAUGUAUUUAAUGAAGACCAUAUAAUAGAUGAAAUCGAGUUGGAUGAAGAUGUGAUGAUCAAUUUUUAUAGAGUUAAAGGAGCUGAAAUAUUAAAAGAAGCCGGAGAUUUUGGAGAUCAGGGCAAAAUGCAAGAAGCAAGAGACUGUUUAGCGAGAGGUGCUCAGGAGCUAAGAAACAGCGUUGUUGGUGGGAAUGAGUUAAUUCAAGUUUUGAUAGCGGAUAUUGAAAAUUCCGUCAGUAGAUUUGCUGAUAGGCAAGUAUGGGAGCACGGAGGUGCAGCUGAUCUGAAAUCCAAAGCAAAUGGACAUUGGGCUAAAAGAGGGCCAUCAAAUGCGAUUUACCAAAAUAAAUGUCAAAAAACAAUGUCUAAGAAAUCAAAAGCAUAUUUUGGAGGAGAAGAAAUGGAAGAGGAUUAA